GUUAUCAUUUUAGUAACAGGCGUGCGCUGUUAGCGAUAGGUGGCCUUGUGCUUGACCAAUACCCGGUGCCAAGAAAUAGUAAAUAAUAGAUGAAUAAAUAGUAGCAGAAGCGGAACCAAAUAAUAGACGAAAAUAAUUGCGACAAAGGAUUUAGAAGCCUAGAACUUGAAAGCUAAAAUGCAUAAACAAGUGCUCUGCGGUCUACUGGCACUGGCAGUGCUGGCGGCACAAGCGCCGGCAACCGAUGGCGCCAAAAUACUCGCCGUUUACUCAUUUCCGGGCAAGAGCCACUACAUGAUGCACCGUGUGCUGAUAAGCGAGCUAUUGAAGCACGGACAUGAGGUCACCAUGAUAACGGCACUCACGCUGGAACCAAAAAAAAUGGGCGCCAAUUACACGGAGAUACUCAUAGAGCCGGUUUAUGACUUUUGGACGGAAAUACACAACACAUUCGGCGGCAAAACGAUCUAUGACAUGCGCAAUGAAUUGGAUAUAUUCCUGAAUAUGGUUGUACUUCUCGGCCUCUCGACGACGGAGCAUGCACUCAAGCAGCCGAAAAUACAAGCGAUCAUCAACGCCAAAGAAACACAGGGUGUCUAUGAUCUCCUGCUGGUCGAACAAUUCUAUCAGGAUGCAUUCUCGGCCUUGGCACAUGUCUACAAUAUACCCGUUAUAAGUGUGGCCACAUUUGCACAACAAACAUUUAUGAGUGAAAUGUUUGGCAUUAUACAACCGUGGUCAUACGUGCCCCAUGGCUAUCUACCGUUAACGGAGCAUAUGAGCUUUUUCGAACGCGUCUACAACACGUACACCUCAUUGCGCACGGACUUGGACCGCGAGUUUAGGUAUUUUCCGAAAAUGGACGUACUGGUGCAGAAAUACUUCGGACACUUGCCAAUAAAAUUCCCCAGCACCUCCGAAAUGAAUAGAAAUCUCUCAGCCAUAUUGAUCAACAACUAUACGCCUUUGGUGUCAGCUGGACCCACGACGGACAACAUGAUCAAUGUCGGUGGCAUGCAUAUCUAUCCGCCAAAAGCAUUGCCCAGCGAUUUGCAGCAGUUCCUGGAUGAGGCCGAACAUGGCGCCAUCUACUUCAGUUUGGGCAGUCAAGUACAGAGCAAAGAUAUGCCUGUGGAGAAGUUACGCUUGUUCCUCAACGUAUUCGCUCAGCUGAAUCAGCGUGUGCUGUGGAAAUUUGAAAACGAUAGCCUUCCGGAUUUACCUUCGAAUGUUAUGGUGAAGAAAUGGCUGCCGCAGAGUGAUAUCUUGGCACAUCCUAAUGUGCGUGUUUUCAUUUCGCACGGCGGUCUCUUUGGCUCACAGGAAGCUGUCUACCAUGCCGUGCCCAUACUUGGUAUGCCCUUCUACUGCGAUCAACACCUUAAUUUGAAGAAAGCCGAGCACAAUGGUUAUGCCAUCAUGCUGGACUUCCACACACUCACCAGUGAGCAGCUAAAGAAUGGCCUCCAACAAUUGGUGCACAACAACACAUAUCGCGACAAUAUCAAACGCUUCUCGAGCAUUUUCCACGAUCGUCCCAUGGGUCCACGUGAGACUGCGCUCUACUGGAUCGAUUACGUAAUACGCCAUAAGGGUGCGCGUCAUUUGCGCGCUGCCGGCUUGGACUUGAAGUGGUACCAAUUCUAUUUGCUGGACGUGAUCGCUCUGGUCGUAGCCGCCGUCGCUGUUGCUCUUGGAGUGCUUGUUCUGUUGGUGCGCUGGAUCUUGCGGCGAAUCAGCGGUGAACAGAUCAAGCAGAAAGAACUCAAAGCUCUCAAUAGCUUAGUAAUAUUAACAACACUAAUGAUUGUCUUAGCGCCCGCCAUUGAAGCCGCCAAAAUACUAGCGGUAUAUGUAUAUCCGGGCAAAAGUCACUUUAUGAUGCAUCGCGUGCUGAUAAGCGAGUUGGUGAAGCAUGGCCAUGAGGUAACCAUGAUAACGGCUUACACGCUGGCGCCGCUACGUCUGGGCAGCAAUUAUACAGAGAUACUCAUCGAACCGGUUUACGAUUAUCGAAAGGAUGGCCACGUUGAUACCGGCAGCAACACAAUAUUCGAUAUGUCAAACAAUGAUAUAACGGACUUUAUGAAUAUGAUGAAAGCGAUUUGUAUGGGCAGCACCGAACACGCGCUCAAACAGCCGAAGGUGCAAGCGAUCAUUAAUGCCGAGCAAACACGCGAUGUCUACGAUCUCUUGCUGGUCGAACAGUUCUAUCAAGACGCCUUCCUCGCUUUGGCGCAUAUUUACAAUGUGCCGGUGGUGAGCACUGCCACCUUCGCCAAGGAGCAUUAUAUGAGUCAGAUGUUCGGUGUAAUAACGCCGUGGUCGUAUGUGCCGCAUGGAUCACUGCCACUCACGGAUCGCAUGAGCUUCUGGCAGCGUCUGCAGAAUGCUUACCACAUACUGAAUACUGACUACAGUCGCGAGUUUAAAUACUUUCCGAUGGUGGAUGCGUUGAUCGCGAAGUAUUUUGGACAUUUGCCAAUUAAAUUCCCCAGCGCCUCCGCCAUGGAUAAGAAUCUCAGCGCCAUACUGAUCAACAACUAUACACCGUUAUCAACUGCCAGUCCAACUAUGGACAAUAUGAUCAAUGUGGGCGGCAUGCAUAUUUAUCCACCCAAAGCCCUACCCGCUGAGUUGCAGAGCUUUUUAGACGAAGCUGAGCAUGGCGCCAUCUACUUCAGCUUGGGCAGUCAAGUGGAGAGUAAGGAUAUGCCGGCUGAGAAAUUGCGUCUCUUCCUCGAUGUCUUCUGCAGCUUGCAACAGCGUGUGCUGUGGAAGUUCGAGAAUGAGAGCAUCACAAACUUGCCACCGAAUGUUAUGGUGAAAAAGUGGAUGCCACAGAGUGACAUACUGGCACAUCCUAAUGUGCGUGUCUUCAUCACGCAUGGCGGCUUACUGGGCACACAGGAGGGUGUGCACUACGCGGUGCCUAUGCUGGGCAUGCCCUUCUACUGCGAUCAGCACCUCAAUUUGAAGAAGGCGGAACUGGGCGGCUACGCUGUAACACUGGACUUUCACACGCUCACGCGUGAGUCUCUGCAGGCCGGUCUGCAGCAAUUGCUCCACAACAACACAUAUCGUGACAACAUUAGAAGGAUAUCAAACAUCUUCCACGAUCGCCCAAUGAGCGCACGUGAGACUGCGCUCUACUGGAUCGAUUACGUCAUACGUCACAAGGGCGCACGGCAUCUGCGCGCUGCCGGCUUGGACUUGAAGUGGUAUCAAUUCUAUUUGCUGGACGUGGUUGCUCUCUGUUUGGCUGUCACAUUAUUGUUGCUGAGCAUUGCAUUUGUGCUGGUGCAUUGGUUCCUAAGGAGUCUUGGUAGUAAAAAACAAAAGCAAAAACUGCUUUAGUAAUGUGUUCCUAGUAAGGUUUAGUAUUUAAUUUCAGCAAAUAUUCACAAUAUAAGUUUUAUAAAGUGUAAAAAUGUUUUAGUAUAAGUUUUGUCAGAAAUAAGUAUAUUAAACUUGAAGCUUAAUUACAAGAAUCAA